AUGUCCGCCAACGCCCAUCUGUCGGGCCCUGCAUUCGCCCACAUCCCCCCAUGGGUCCUCCCCAAGCUACGGCCCAUGGCCAUUGAGAAGAUCCAGGCCGUGUUCGACUGGGUAGAAAACGAAUGCAUCCCCCGCGAGCACAUCAUGGAGGCCCAGCUCGAGGGCAACAAGUGGGCCAGACCGCCUGUGAUGCUCGAGCUGAGGGCCAAGGCCAAGGAGAAGGGCCUCUUCAACCUCUUCCUCCCUCACCACUUCAAGGAGAGCCCUGGGCUCACGCACCUGGAGUAUGCCUGCUGCGCGGAGAUCCUGGGCCGCUGCUACUGGGCCUCCGAGACGGUCAACAGCCACGCGCCCGAGAGCGGCAACAUCGAGCUCCUGGCCAAGUUCUGCAACGACAAGCAGAAGGAGAAGUGGCUGAGGCCGCUGAUGGAGGGCACCGCGUCUUCCGCCUACAGCAUGACGGAGCCGGAUGUUGCGGCGUCCGAUGCUACGAAUGUUGGUAUUCGCAUCACCAAAGACGGUGACGAGUAUGUCAUCAACGGCCGCAAGAUAUACGGCAACUGCAUGUGGAACAAGGGCCUUGCGUUCUACAUCAUGAUGGGAUGUUCUGAUCCGGAGAACCCAAAUCCUUGGGAGCGGCACAGUACAGUCAUUGUACCUGCUGAUACGCCCGGCUUCACGCAAGUCAGGAAUCUCAACGUCUUGGGCUACUCGUGGGCACCAGAGGGUCAUGGAGAAUACACCCUGGAGAACGUCCGAAUCCCGGCAGAAAACGUCAUUCUUGGCCCCGGAAAAGGGUUUGCCAUUGCCCAGGGCCGGCUUGGACCCGGUAGAAUCCACCAUUGCCUGCGUCUUCUAGGUCAAUGUGAGCGAGCCAUUGAGCUGGCCAUCAUGCGUUGCAAUGAUGCACGAUUCAAGCCGAGAGGCAAGCUGAUCGGGGAGUUCGACUCCAACAUCGAGCGAGUCGCCCAGAUGCGGCUCGAGCUCGACGCCAUGAGGCAAAUCACUUACAACGCGACGGAGACGCUGGACUUCUACGCCCACGACGACAAGAUGCUCAAGUCUGCCGGCAAGAAGAGCAUCGCGCAGGCCAAGAUCCUCGUCCCAGCGACGGUCGAGAAGAUCAUCAACGAGUGCAUGCAGCUAUGGGGUGGCCAGGGCGUGACUAACGAGCACUCCCCGAUGCCCAAGCUCUGGGCGUACGCACGCUUCGUGCGUCUCGCCGACGGGCCGGAUGCGGCUCAUCGGCAUCAGGUCGGCCGGGACGAGAUGAAGAAGGCGGCGGAGAUUACUGAGAGGCAUAAGAAGUACAACGCUCUGGCUGCGUCGUUUGCCGAGCAGUAUGGGGAGAAGAUCAUUACAAUGCCGGAGGACUCGUUGUAA